CACAGGGUAGGCAAGUGACCCUUAACGCUGAAAGUCAGGGCCACUCUCUCGCUAUACCCUCAGGUGAAGCAGACUCAUCAUCUCAACAUCAUCAUUCCCUCUCAGUUACACUACCCAUCGCACUGCAGCAGCCGCCUGUUUCAAAGGACUCGUCUAGACAGCCCAGAAAGAACGCAGCCGAACACCCCUCGAGGCCGUCUACUUUUGCAUUCUCAGCAUCCGCAAAAACAACCGCAGCAACGAAAACAAUAGCAACAACAACCACUUCACCCCAAUCCAACACCCCGUCGUACACUAGGCUCAUAUAAGAAAAUGGGAAAGAAAGCAAAGCAGGAUUUGCCCUUGCACAAGGUCAUUAUGGUUGGCUCUGGAGGUGUCGGAAAGUCGGCCCUGACACUCCAGUACAUGUACGGCGACUUUGUGGAGGAGUACGACCCGACCAAGGCCGACUCGUACCGCAAAAAGGUCACCCUAGACCAGCAAGACUGCCAAAUUGACAUUCUUGACACUGCUGGUCAGGAGGAAUACGCUGCUAUCCGUGACAACUACUACCGGUCUGGGGAGGGCUUUAUCUGUGUGUUUUCGCUUUGCGAGUACGAGUCUUUCAUGCACACUCAGGAGUUCAAGGACCAGAUUUCACGCGUUUUGGACGACGACAAGAUUCCCUUCAUCCUUGUGGGCAACAAAGCAGACCUGACCCAGCUGCGCAAAGUAAACUACGACGAGGCAGCAGCACGGGCUGUAGAGUGGAAUUGCCCAUACUACGAAACAUCGGCCAAGACAAGACAUAAUGUCGAUGAAGUGUAUACGGUAUUGAUGCGAAAGAUCCAGCAGCGUAAGGAGAGUGCUAAGGAUCGCGAGAGGAAGGGCAAGAAGGGCAAGUGCCUGAUUUUGUAAGCUGGGAGGGAGAGAACGGAGCAAAAAAAAAAAAGAAGAAACUGGAGAAGGCGAGAGCGGACGGGGAAUUACUCAUUACAUAUGCUGAAAUAAGAUUUGAACUUAUAUACCACUCGCAUGCAAGUCGCCGAUGCCAAAACAGCUUUUUUUUUUGUCCACGAACGUCUUGUUUGGAGGACAUGCAUAGUCUCAUUUAUCUAAACCCAAGGUCAAGACAAUGUAGACGGCAAACACGUUAAUAAUAUCUAAAGACAGUCCCGAUCAUCGUUUCUGUUUACCGCACAUGGAUGGCAAUCGUCAAGGCUGUUUGUUAUAAGUCCUUUGAGGAUUUUUGACCCUUUUGUCGAUUUUACUUUUCGGCCAUGG